GCCAUAAACGGAUUCUCAAUCAUAUCAUCAACAGAUGAGCCCACAGUUCGCGACGACAUCACCCUUACCUACAUAUCGGCCCCAAUUAUGACGGAGUCUAAUAUGAGGGAUAAUGUGAUUGAGAAGACCCCAUACACUCAGCUAGAGUUGCAAUGUAUGGUUUGGGGUCGACCUAAGCCUGUGAUCACUUGGUAUAGAAAUAAAAAGCCAUUUAUUGUGAACGAAAAAACGGGAAUUAAAUUGGAUGACAGGAAUCAAAGGCUUACAUUCACACGAAUACUGGACAAGGAUUCCGGUGUUUAUGAAUGUGAGGCACACAAUAGCGGCGGAACUGCGAGGGCCAGCGCUAGGCUUAAAGUGGACAGUCCUGAAGACACCACUACCGGACGCAGCACUGAAGAGAUAAUUGUUUUUAUAUUAUUCGUUGUCGUGGGAACUGUUAUGAUAUUUGUGGUCAUAUAUAUCGGCAAAAAGAUUAGACAAGAAAGGAAACAAAAGCGGGAAUUGGAGUUUUUCUCGCACAAUCUGUUUGAGACAGGACAAAUUGAGAUGUUUAAUCCGGAUAUGCCUCUCGAUGAACAAAUUGAAUUAUUGCCAUACGAUCCCAGAUAUGAGUUCCCGAAAGAAAGGCUAAAACUAGGCCGAACAUUAGGACAGGGAGCGUUUGGUCGAGUAGUGAAAGCAGAGGCAAUAGAUCUGGAGGACGGGGAUAACUCGACUACAGUUGCUGUUAAAAUGCUUAAAGAAAGGGCUGAUAUAAUUCAAAGAAAGGCACUGAUGGCUGAACUCAAAAUUCUGAUUCAUUUGGGACGACAUCUAAAUAUAGUUAACUUGUUGGGUGCCGUCACCAAAAACUUAGUGAAAGGGGAAAUCCUAGUGAUAGUGGAGUACUGCAAAUUUGGAAACUUGAGACACUAUUUGCUGGCUUAUAGGGACUCAUACGUCAAUCAGUUGAACGCCAACACAGGACUAAUUGAUCCGACAAUUAAGACCAUACAAGACAUGAAAAAGCAUUCAAACUCAAUGAAUGGCAGAACUCCGGUCUAUGAGAAUGUGUUCGCAGCCAAUGGUAUAACAAAUCCUAAUUACACGACGUCUUCACACAUGACAUCCAUAAAUGUGAAGAAAGAGAGCGUCCGUUACGCAGAUAUACUGCAUAAUCAACACUCCGGUAGUUAUACUAACGGUUACAUCACAUCAGUGAACAGUAACGGUAAUACGGGUCAAGAGACGGGUCAGGACUCGAGUUCGGCCAAUGGUUCGGGAGGUUAUAGGGGAGAGUCCGUACAUAAGCGAAACAAAGACAAAGUCGUCACUACUUGUGAUUUGCUGUGUUUUGCAUUUCAAUGCGCCCGAGGAAUGCAAUACUUGGCCCACAGGAAGAUCUCAUUUAUCGUAUCAGAUGCCAUAAACGGAUUCUCAAUCAUAUCAUCAACAGAUGAGCCCACAGUUCGCGACGACAUAACCCUUACCUACAUCUCGGCCCCAAUUAUGACGGAGUCUAAUAUGAAGGAUAAUGUGAUUGAGAAGACCCCAUACACUCAGCAAGAGUUGCGAUACAUCUCGGCCCCAAUUAUGACGGAGUCUAAUAUGAAGGAUAAUGUGAUUGAGAAGACCCCAUACACUCAGCUAGAGUUGCGAUGUAUGGUUUGGGGUCGGCCUAAGCCUGUGAUCACUUGGUAUAAAAAUAAAAAGCCAUUUAUUGUAAACGAAAACACGGGAAUCAAAUUGGAUGACAGGAAUCAAAGGCUUACAUUCACACGAAUACUGGACAAGGAUUCCGGUCUUUAUGAAUGUGAGGCACACAAUAGCGGCGGAACUGUGAGGGCCAGCGCUAGGCUUAAAGUGGACAGUCCUGAAGACACCACUACCGGACUCAGCACUGAAGAGAUAAUUGUUUUUAUAUUAUUCGUUGUCGUGGGAACUGUUAUGAUAUUUAUGGCCAUUUAUAUCGGCAAAAAGAUUAGACAAGAAAGGAAACAAAAGCGUGAAUUGGAGUUCUUUUCGCACAAUCUGUUUGAGACAGGACAAAUUGAGAUGUUUAAUCCGGAUAUGCCUCUCGAUGAACAAAUUGAAUUAUUGCCAUACGAUCCCAGAUAUGAGUUCCCGAAAGAAAGGCUAAAACUAGGCCGAACACUAGGACAGGGAGCGUUUGGCCGAGUAGUGAAAGCAGAGGCAAUAGGUCUGGAGGACGGGGAUAACUCGACUACAGUUGCUGUUAAAAUGCUUAAAGAAAGGGCUGAUAUAACUCAACGAAAGGCACUGAUGGCUGAACUCAAAAUUCUGAUUCAUUUGGGACGACAUCUAAAUAUAGUGAACUUGUUGGGUGCCGUCACUAAAAACUUAGUGAAAGGGGAACUCCUAGUGAUAGUGGAGUACUGCAAAUUUGGAAACUUGAGACACUAUUUGCUGGCUUAUAGGGACUCAUACGUGAAUCAGUUGAACGCCAACACAGGACUAAUUGAUCCGACAAUUAAGACCAUACAAGACAUGAAAAAGCAUUCAAAUUCAAUGAAUGGCAGAACUCCUGUCUAUGAGAAUGUGUUCGCAGCCAAUGGUAUAACAAAUCCUAAUUACACGACGUCUUCACACAUGACAGCCAUAAAUGUGAAGAAAGAGAGCGUCCGUUACGCCGAUAUAUUAAUAGAAACAAAAGCGUGA